CCCUGUUUACCAAGCACUUUUUCCGUACACUUUCGCACUAUAAAAUUCGUGAUCUCCCCUGACUUCCAUCACUCGUGGAUUUCCAUUACCAUUUUUUGUUCUGAAAGCACUAGAGAUUCGAGAUCGAUCGAUAAAGAAGUGGGGGAGAAGAAAGGAGAGGAGAGCAGUGAGAGGCUCCAUCGAAGAAGAAGGAGAAGAAAGGAGGGAGCGAUGGCCGCGGUUGCAAAGUUGGUGAUGGAAUCGGUAACGGCGAGGCAGCGGCCGCAGACGAAGAUAGUGUGCACUCUGGGUCCGGCUUCUCGAUCCGUAGAGAUGCUUGAAAAGCUCCUCCGUGCCGGGAUGAACGUCGCCCGAUUCAAUUUCUCCCACGGAUCCCACGACUACCACCAUGAAACCCUCCAAAACCUCCGCACAGCCAUGGAAAACACCGGCAUCCUUUGUGCCGUCAUGCUCGACACCAAGGGACCAGAGAUUAGAACUGGAUUUUUGAAAGAUGGAAAACCUAUUCAUCUUCACGGGGGUCAGGAGAUUACCAUUACUACUGACUACAGCAUUAAAGGCGAUGAAAACAUGAUAUCCGUUAGCUACAAAAAGUUAGCUCAGGACUUGAAGCCAGGUGGUGUAAUAUUGUGCUCCGAUGGUACCAUCACCUUCACUGUGCUAUCCUGUGAUGUAGAGAAGGGCUUGGUUUGUUGCCGCUGCGAGAACUCAGCCAUUCUCGGGGAGCGAAAGAAUGUCAACCUCCCCGGAGUGAUUGUUGAUCUUCCUACACUUACAGAGAAAGACAAGGAAGACAUCUUACAGUGGGGCAUUCCAAACAAGAUUAACAUAAUCGCCUUGUCCUUCGUUCGCAAAGGUUCCGACCUUGUUGAGGUCAGGGAACUUCUUGGAGACCAUGCGAAGCAAAUCAUCUUGAUGUCCAAGGUCGAGAACCAGGAAGGUGUGGCAAAUUUUGAUGAUAUUUUAAGGAACACAGAUGCGUUCAUGGUGGCACGAGGAGAUUUGGGAAUGGAAAUUCCAAUAGAGAAGAUUUUCUAUGCACAAAAAGUAAUGAUAUUUAAGUGCAACAUUCUUGGAAAACCGGUUGUUACUGCAACACAAAUGCUGGAAUCUAUGAUCAAGUCUCCACGCCCCACCCGAGCUGAAGCAACGGAUGUAGCCAAUGCUGUCAUUGACGGUACCGACUGCGUGAUGCUCAGCGGCGAGACGGCCGCCGGUGCAUACCCAGAGCUGGCGGUCAGAACAAUGUCGAAAAUUUGCCUUGAAGCCGAAUCAUACGUGGACUACGGAGCCGCUUUCAAAUUAAUCAUGAAAGGAGCUAAAUUUCCUUUGAGUCCGAUAGAGAGUCUUGCUUCAUCGGCGGUGCGAACGGCCAACUCUGCAAAAGCAUCUCUUAUUAUCGUUCUCACCCGAGGAGGAAGCACAGCGAAGUUGGUGGCAAAGUACAGACCAGCGACACCCAUCCUUUCUGUUGUGGUUCCUGAAUUGAAGACUGAUUUCUUCGAUUGGUGCUGCAGCAAUGAGGCUCCGGCAAUGCACAGCCUUAUUUACAGAGGAUUGAUACCAAUGCUGAGCACUGCGACAGCAAAGGCCUCAACUUCCGAGGCCACUGAUGAAGCUGUUGAGCUUGCCGUCGAACACGCUAAGGCGACGGGUCUCUGCGGGUCUGGUGAUUCCAUUGUUGUGUUAUCUCGAAUUGGAGCUGCAUCGGUGAUUAAGCUUCUGACUGUAAGUUGAGAAUUGGAGAAGUUUUGGCAACAAAUAUACUCUACUUCCAAAUAUUUUGAUAGGAGAUAUAGCAAUGCUUUUAUUUUCAUUUAUUUCGACCUACAGUUUCUAUAAGUUGCCUGGCAACCUAAUAAGCUUUGCUGAUUUGAUAUCAUUUUGAAUUUUUGGUUUUCUUACUUAAACAAAGCUUGUAUCUUUUUCUUA